AUGGAGGAAAAACCACGGAGACGCUUUGUGGGCAGGAAAACCACCCAUGCUGCCGACGGGUCGGUGGUGCCUGUGGUGAAAAGGCAUGUGGGCCGGGCGAUGAACCAGAUUCCACAGAAUAUUCUUGAAGAUAAGGAGCUCAACGAGGCCAUCAAGCUAUUACCUUCAAAUUACAACUUUGAGAUACACAAAUGCGUUUGGAAUAUUCGCAAACACGGGGCCAAGCGUGUGGCGUUGCAGAUGCCUGAAGGGCUCUUGAUAUACUCGUUGGUGAUAUCGGACAUUUUAGAGCAAUUCUGUGAGGUGGAGACCGUGGUCAUGGGUGAUGUGUCGUAUGGUGCCUGUUGUAUCGACGACUACACGGCUCGGGCGCUAGAUUGUGAUUUCAUCAUCCAUUAUGCCCAUUCAUGUCUCGUGCCCAUCGACGUGACGGCAAUCAAAGUGCUCUAUGUAUUUGUCACAAUCAACAUCGAAGAACAGCAUCUUGUGAAUACGCUCAAAAAGAACUUUUCUCAGGGAAGUCACAUAGCAUGUUUUGGCACAAUCCAGUUCAACCCUUCAAUUCACAGCAUACGGGGAAAGCUCGAAAGCGACUCCGAAAAACCCAUGUACAUCAUCCCACCCCAGACCAUGCCACUAUCAAAAGGAGAGGUCCUUGGUUGCACAUCAGCAAAACUUAAUAAGGACCACAUUGACGCCAUGGUUUAUAUCGGCGAUGGCCGCUUUCAUCUUGAAAGCGCCAUGAUCCACAACCCAGACAUUCCAGCAUUCAGAUACGAUCCUUACUCAAGAAAGUUCACGAGAGAAUGUUACGACCAACAGCAAAUGGUAAAGGUUAGACAAGAUGCCAUUGCACACGCCAAAGGGGCUAAAAAAGUAGGCCUCAUUCUUGGUGCUUUGGGUCGCCAGGGCAACCCUCAGACGCUCGGCCGGCUUGAACGAGGACUUGCCGGCGCCGGCAUUGAAACGGUGAAAAUCAUCUUGAGUGAAAUUUUCCCACAAAAAUUGGCCAUGUUCGACGACAUUGACGCUUUCGUACAAGUUGCAUGUCCGCGGUUAUCGAUUGAUUGGGGUUAUGCAUUCGAGAAGCCAUUGCUUACACCCUACGAGGCCAUGGUUAUGAUUGGCAAGGACGAGUGGCAGGACAAUUUCUAUCCCAUGGACUACUAUAAGAAGGACGGUUACGGCAGAGGAGCGGUCCCUGUAAGAGGAAGCUGA